AUCGACCGUAUUUUGGGUGUUGAGACCUUCAAUUAACCGGGUUUCAGUCAAAAUUGAAUGCGUAUAAUUGUUAACUGAGUGAUAACGUUAGCUAUAAACUUGAUUAUGAAGCCAGAGGUUACCACGGGACCAAUUGCAAAAAGAGAUUUAGGGCCAUGCAACCUUCAUAAUUGUACUAAAAGCGAUAUUCAAGAAAAUUUUGAAAAUGCAUAUGGACUGGACGAGUGGCUCUUCACGUCGUUGAAAGAUGAAGAAGUGUUUUAUCAUGUUCCUGACCGUCUUCGCCUUCCAUUGAUAUUUUAUUACGCACAUCCAGCAGUUGUUUUCGUGAAUAAACUCUUGUCAGCUGGAGUGAUUAAGGAGCGUGUAAACAGAUAUUUUGAAACCAUUUUUGAAACUGGUGUCGACGAAAUGACAUGGGAUGACACAGAAAAUUUCAGAAUGGGAGGAUCGUAUCAAUGGCCCUCUGUUGAAGAAGCGAGGCAGUAUCGAAAGACAGUUAGAGAUAUUGUUACAAGAGUGAUCGAAGAGACUCCUUUACAGCAUCCCAUUGACCACGAUAAUCCAUUCUGGGUAAUAAUGAUGGGAAUCGAACACGAGAGAAUUCAUUUAGAAACAUCAUCCGUGCUUAUUCGCCAACUUCCUGUUCAUAUGGUACAGAAACCAAACGGUUGGAUUUAUGGUCCAUUGAAAUCUGAAUCUCCUAUUUUGGAAAAUCCUAUGUGUGGUGCUGGAAACAAAACUAUUGCAAUCGGAAAAGAAUUUACAUCAGCAAUAUAUGGUUGGGACAACGAAUAUGGAAAACGAAUAAUGGAUGUUCCAAAAUUUGAAGCAUCGAAAUAUCCCGUGACAAAUGGACAGUUUCUGAAAUUUGUGGAAGCAGGUGGUUACGACGAUCAAACCCUUUGGAGUAAAUGCGGUUGGAAGUGGAAAACUUUUCGACAGACCAGGCAUCCUACUUUUUGGGUAUGUUCGAAAUCUUGUAAAUCCGGAUGCGGGUCAACUUUAUCGUCGUAUUCGCAUUGCAACAUGAAAACAGAGAAAGAGAGUUUUGGAUUACGUUUGAUGUUUGACGUAGUGGAUCUUCCGUUAGAUUGGCCCGUUGAGGUAAAUUAUUACGAAGCCAAGGCAUUCUGCGCAUGGAAAGGAGAAGACUUUAGAUUGCCCACUGAAGCAGAACAUCAUGUUAUGCGCUCUUUGCCGCCUUUCAAUUCCGAAUAUGAAACCAUGAGCAAUGUCAAACCUCUGGCAAAAAAUGUGGGGUUUUCAUAUGGUUCUUCUACGCCAGUUGACUAUUAUCCUCCAUCAGAGGCUGGAUUUUGCGACAUUUUUGGCAAUAUAUGGGAAUGGACGGAGGAUGAUUUCAAUGGGAUGCCUGGUGGAAAAACUGAUUAUUUAUACGAUGAUUUCUCUACUCCGUGCUAUGAUGGCAAACAUACAGUAAUAAUGGGAGGUAGCUGGGCGUCUACGGGAGAUGAAGCUUCAAGAUAUGCAAGAUUUCAUUUUAGACGACACUUUUUUCAGAAUUUAGGUUUUCGACUUGCAAGAACAAAAUCAAAAAGUUCGCCUUCCCCGGCAGUGUUUGUUAAAACUCCGACUUACUUAUCUGGAAUGGGUGUAGAAGAAAGCAACUUUGAUGCAGCUCACAUUGAUUCUAUAAUGAUAAAACCCAUUCAAACUGAAAGCGCCAGUAAACAAAUACGAAACGACACAGAAGAAGUCCUUCAUUCAUUAAUAAAGGAGCAAUACCUGUCAUGUUCCAGUAUCCACAUGCUUUUAUCGAUUCAUCAAAAAGAUCCGCCUUUUCUACGUGAUUCAUCUCCGCCAUAUAGAGCUCUUGUCAUUGGUUGCGGACCAGGAAGGAUUCCUUUUCAACUAACAAAAAUAUUUCACGAGGUGAUUGGCUGUGACCCAUCGGGAAGAUGCAUCGACUUUGCAAUAAAGCUCAGCAAAGAAGGAAAUUUGAAAAUGUCGCUGCAAAAAAAUGAGAAUAAAAAUGAAAACCAAGAUAACGUGGAACAAAAAACCAUCAUUAGAUUACCGGAAGGAACAAACACCGAAAGAGUUAAAUUUAAACAGGUUACUUGGAUUCCAGUAGAGUUUGGAACAUUUGAUUUGGUUGUUGUUGACGGUAUGGAUAGAGCUCAAAAUGAGAGAGCAUGGCGUGCAAUGCUUCCAAUACUUAUGAAGGGCAAAAAUAGCAUGGCAGUGUUACUAAAACAGUCCGAAAGGUCGGAUACCCGUGAAAAAUUCGAUCACGAGAUAUUUCCGAACCAUAAAGAGAAGGUCUGGGAAGAAUGGAAAUCUUCGCUCAUAUACAGAAAUUGAAACAAUUCAAUAUGUGUCUUAUACCGUAAAAUAUUGUCAAAACAUAGUUUAAUUUUUGCAUGUUCAAAUAUAUUGCACACUCAACAAUAUAUUUAAUUUCUUAGAAGUAUUUAUUUGAUUUUGAUUACUAAAAUGAUGAACAUUGAACAACUUAAAUAAUUUGACCAAUCCAAAAUAUAAAAAACCGAGGAAUCUUUUUUGUAUAGUUGUAAAUAAUGUCCUUAUACUAUGUCGACACGUUAUAAACUGCUCUUUUUUAAAUGUCAUUUUAUAUUAGUUUCAGUGUCGUGCCGUCACGUGAUAUGCAUUGUUACGACACAAUUUUUUUUUGUCAUUUAUUGUAUUUAAAAUAGGAUGAAGUCGUUAGAUGAAUAUUGUAGGUGUGAAAUUUUUGAGCUGAGUUUCUUUUGGCAAGUAUACAAUUUGUCAUGUUAUCUUGUAGCUUUUUGAUUAUAACUAAUUUGGAAGUAUGCUUUUGAACAUUCAUUUUAAUAAAUUCUUUGAUCAUUCACUCAAUUUCGAAUCGCAAUCUAUCUCAAUAUCGCAAUCUAUCUCAAUCUCAAUAUUGGGAUGUUUUUAUUUUGUAGUUUGUUUUUCGUUAUGGUACAUAGCGCAAACGGUACAGCAUAACUUACUCAUGAAGUUCAGAUAGCACAACAAUAAUCUGAACUUCGAUAUUAAUAUGCUCAAAAUAACACAUUAUUCGUUGUGAUUCUUUACUAUUAAAUAUUAUUAAUAGUAAAAAGUGAAAUAUAUUACAGACAUGGUUCGAUUAAUUCCCAGGCAUGGGCGAUAGUAUAACCUGCAAUCAUUUUACCUGUGUCUCCUGUGAUACCAAUAUUGAAUAGAGUGCUAAGUGUCGUUAGUUGCGAGACGUAUGUAGCCCAUAUCUUUACUUUAAAAUUAUUUGUCCACAAUUUGCAUGUUGCUAACUAUAGUAUUCGCUAUUUGCUAACUCGAAAGUUUUUAGAUUUGGAAAUCUUCUCCCAAUAUUUUGUGACAAUAGCUUACGAGAUAGAAUGUGUCACCGGUCUAAAAUUGUCUUUAUCUCCAUUCAAAAUGAAAAAGAUAAUUUUGUUACACUUUCCCCAAUAUUCUGCCCUGCUCUGUACAAGCACCAAGGCACAACCAUUAAAAUCACGGUGUGUAAACUGAUAUAGUAUUUGGAUGUUUGCAGUCGUAUAUUUUCGGUUCAGAUUACCUGCUGAUUCAUUGUGAUGAAGCGCUUGAGCACUAUUGCUUGAUGCACCCACCAGCACCCUGUGGAAGAGACCAAUUAGAAAAAAUAAAAAAAAACUUAAUCAUAGCCAGAAGAAGACACCAUAAUAUAAUACCCAAUAUUCUAAAUUUUCGUUGCUACAUAUACUUACCCAAAUACACACAGCAGAUGCCAGCAUUAUGUAAAUAUUUAUAUCAUAACACAUCGUUUUAAUAGCGCCGUAUAAGUAUUGCAAAAAUGACGACUGCUAUUUUAAACUUAUUUGAAUAGGCCGUAAAUUAAAAAUGUAAGUAUUAAAAUACCACAUAUUUUAUAUUUCAUUAUUAAAUGUCAUUUUAUAG